AUGGCACCCCCGACUGUACAUUGGACUGAAGCAUAUCCUGUCCCAUCGACCAAGACACCACCUGUUAUUUCACGAGAGGAGCUCUUGCAGUGGAUUCAGGACGGAAAGGCAGCUGGAAAGGACUACCUCGUCGUUGAUCUGAGACGGGAUGACCAUACCGGAGGAUUUCUUCGUGGCUCCCUCAAUCUGCCGAUUGAAAGCCUGUACCCUGCCUUGCCAACAGUCUACAACAUUGCAAAGGCCAGUGGUAUAAAGACCGUCAUAUGGUAUUGUGUCACCUCCCGAGGGCGCGGGUAUCGUGCCGCCGCUUGGUUUGGAGAUUUUCUCGCCAGUAAAGGCGAGUCUGAGAUCAAGAGUGUUGCCCUCUUUGAAGGAAUUCUGGGGUGGGCCUUGGCCGGAGACAAGUACACUGCACACAUUGAUGAAUUUGAUCCUCAGGCUUGGCAGAAAGACGAUGCCUCGAAACAUACUGGACAGCUCAGAUAG